UCGCUGGCCGUAAGGAUGUGCCGCAGCUCCAUGGCGUUCGUGAGCGUGUGGGUGUUUGUGUUGCUGUCCUUUGGGUCUUUUUCCUGCGUGCGUGCGAAGGAUUGCUACAGCUGUACGGGGGAAGGAUGCGUGCGUGUGUCUACGGCCGGUACCGUGGUGACGUGCGCGGGUGUUGAUGAUCUCUGUUACAGCAAAUUCGAUCCCACCAGCCUUUUGCCCAUCGAACGUGGCUGUUUAACGGCGAGUUCUGUGGCCACUUGCACGGGAGAUGAGUGCGUUUCUUGUUCUACGGUGGAUUUGUGUAAUGAGCAGAGUAGCCCUAAACACCGGUGUGCCGUUUGUUCGUCGCUCGUCGAUUCAGGGUGCCUGGCGACUCCUGGAUCGUUGAGCGAUGUACAGUGUCCGGCUCCGAGCAGUGUGGAUCUGACGCAGGCUCAAUGUUACAGUCGAGUGGUCGGCAACGUGACCGAACGUGGAUGCAUCACGUCACAAACGGAGCGCGAUCAAUGCACCGAUUCCAGCUGUUCCACCUGCACCGGUGUCGGUUGCAAUCGGGACGUUUUCCCCGUCGGCCGAGCUCAAUGCAUUCAGUGUGAUAACGCCAACACCUGCAACACGGACUCGACCUCAGCGGUCUACUGUGCGGACCCUACCGAUAUCUGCGUCACACUACGCAGACCAAACGGCAGCGUGCUAAAGUCGUGCGAAAAAGCCGCUCCACAGGCGGACCUAAACAACUACCGUGCUAAUGCGACCUUCUGCGGUCAGACGCUUUGUAAUACUGGCUCGUACAACGCCAGUGCCGUUGCGAAAAGUUGCUAUCAGUGUGAAGGCACGGGAUGUCUAAAAUCCGUCGCCCAACUCGUCACCUGCCCGUUGCUCGAUGACGAUUGUUUCAGCAAGUUUUCUGGGUUUAACCCAAUCCAGCGAGGAUGCACCUCAGAACUACCCCAGGACGAAACUUGUCCCGCACCGGAGUGUUCAAUCUGCCUGGAAUCCGAGUGUAACCUAGACGCACGAUCGGAUCACCGAUGUGCCUACUGUUCCUCGAUCAAGGACGCGAACUGCAUUAAUCCAGCAGGCGUGCUCAACAUCGUCCAAUGUCCGGCACCAACGACAGACGUAACUAACGCACAGUGUUACACCAAAAUUAUCAAUGAAGCCAUCACAGAACGAGGGUGUAUUAGCAGUGAAUCUGACCUCCAAGGAUGCGCGAUUGAUGGCAGUAAUUGUGCGACCUGCGACAUCUCAUCCUCCGGUGAAGGUUGUAAUGGUGAUGUGUUCCCAUCUGAUCGACGUCGUUGUACGAUCGGCACACAACCUGACUCGUACUGCGCUAACCCGUGGGAUGAUUGCGUGCAAUUACUGCAGGAUGGUGUCCGAAAGCGGACCUGUCGUUCAUCGCUCACUGAGUCGGAACGUAGCUUUUGUGGCAACAACACGAACCGGUGUUCGUUCUGUGCGAUCGACAACUGCAACACUGGCGAGAUCGACUUCAACUACGUCGAGUGUCUCUCUUGCGACUCGACAGUUGAUGCUCGCUGUGCCACGAAUCCUGCCGCUCUGAACACCUUCGAGCGGUGUGCAACCUGCGCAAGUGCGCUUAUCACAACGAACAGCACUCACGUGUCCACUCGACGUGGUUGUUUAGCUAGUCUUCCAGCCAAUGUGUCCGCUCAAUGCAGUACAACACCAGGCAGUUCUGGAAGCUGUCUUCGCUGUUCCACAAACCGGUGUAAUGUGGCCAACUUCCCGUCAGAUCGUCUCCAGUGCUAUAGGUGUACGGAUCCACCCUGCAGCUCGCAUGAAGCCAUCACACUCACGUAUUGCCCGCAGUACCGUGCGAACGACAGUUGCAUGCUUCUGUCAGACACAUCCGGGCAGCUAUUGCGGUUGGAUUGCAGCAGUUCACUCACCACCACCGAGCUAGCCGCUUGUUCUUCUGGACUCUGUCAAACCUGCCGUACUGCGGCCUGUAACGACCCAAUGGCGUACUCAACGUCCGGCAGUUGCGUACAAUGCAGCAGCACACUGAACGCACUCUGUCGCACCCAACCAACGGCAGUAGGAGCGGAACCAUGCCUGAAUCCUUCCAACACCGCCUGCUACAGCCGGCUCACGACAGAGGGCGCCACCGAGCGUGGUUGCGUGAGUGAUCUCACCACAAGCGAGCAAAGUGCUUGCGCACGUGCCGAAAACUGCAUCACGUGUUCCUCGCGUACGACGGAUUGUAACAACGGGCAGUAUCCUGUGGCACCGCUGGCUUGCUAUCAGUGUGAUUCACGCACGAACGGGGACGCGUGUAAGGCUGCACAGACGGGGACGGCCACCGAAUGUGCGCCUUAUAACACGGCCAAUAAGUGCUUCACGAUCGUGCAGUCGAAUGGGGACACGGUGCGAAAGUGUUCGACAGCGUCACGGGAGGUGGAGUGUGGGUCGGUUGGGGCGUGUGAGGUGUGUUUGUUUUCGGGUUGUAACGGGAAGGCAAGUACGGCCGUCGUGGUGACGGAACCACCCGUGCAAACUACCACUCCGGGGCCAUUUUCUGGAGCCUUAAGGCAGACGAGCGAUGGGCAGCUCGCGUUAAUCGCCGCGUUAGCGACGGUUUUGUGGUGCUUUAGAAGCUUUAAAGCACUAUAAUGGCGUCUAUAGAACGCUCAACUCUUCUAGCUAGUAUUAUAAACGGUGUGCGAAUGCAUAACA